AUGCCAUCAUCUUCUGGUCCUCUUACGCACGCCACUGCUGCCUACGAUCUUGAGGAAGUCCAAUUCUUACUCGAAUCGGACUCUGUGGAUGUAACCCAGACUGAGGUCGCCGCCGACCGGGUCAAUGCUAUGAGCACGGCAAUUGAAAAGAACUAUCUGUUGAUUGUGGAUCUUUUCCUAGCGAAGGGUAUCAAACCAACAGGAUGGGAUAUCAUCAGUGCCAUCAAACGGCGAUCGUACGCGUUGCUGGAACUUCUACUGUCGGACGGGUACGAUAUCAAUACAUAUGUACGGGAUGACUGGCCUCCUCCUCUGGCCGACGCAUUAUUCGAUCCGCUCCUCGUUAAAUGGCUCAUCGACCACGGUGCCAAUCCAAAUGCUCGAUGCAGCUAUGAUAUUACACCAUUAUCGAUUGCAGUCCGGGAAGGGUCAAGACAUGUUAUUGAGAUGUUAUUGGAGCUCGGCGCUUCCAUCAAAUACGGUCAGCCACUGCAUUACGCUGUCAGGGCUAAUCGGGAGAAUGACAUCAUUGAACUCCUUCUGAGAAAGGGUGCUUCGCCAAAUAAGAUCAUGUUUGAGGAUCACCUGGUGUCGUUCCUUCAGUUCCAAUGCCUCGGCCUUGGGACACCGCUGCAUGAAGCCGCCUCCCAGAAGAACGACGCCUUGAUACAACUUCUUCUGAGACACGGAGCGGAUUCAAAGAUUAGAAAUACUCUUGGGGAGUUACCCCACGUCACACGGCUUCCCUUCGAUGCUGCUCUCUGA